GAAGUCUACACAAAUCAAUCAAAUCAUGAUUAUCACAUCACCGAUGAAUCCUCCUCUGCCGCGAAACCUAACCCAUGAUCCCGAGCCUGAACCAAACGCUAAACCGGUUUUAAAGAGCCAGGAAUCCUCCGCCCAAACGAUGAAACCUCUCUCUCCCAGAAACCCUAACCCACCUGAUCUUGACACAACGGAAGCAGUAAUUUCAGAAUCCAGUGCGAAAAUUUUACCCCGUGAGGAAGACUUUCAAGAAAAGAAUGAACAGCUUUCGGGAGAGAAGGAUAAGAUGGAGACAAAGCCUGUCACGGAGGUUGAUAGCAACAUGGUGAUCGUUAAAACAGGAGGAUGGAUAAUACAACAUCGGACGCAAUAUGAGAUAGCUGAAGAUGCAGUCGCUCUCUUGUUGAAACAUUCUGUAGGACAUCAAGAAAUUAGUAAAAGUGAAGAGAGUGGCCCUAGUAGAAAGAAAAAGAAGACGGAUGAUGAUUCAUCAUGGGUACCUCCUCAAGGACAAUCUGGUGAUGGACGGACCUCUCUGAAUGAUCGUUUUGGAUACUAAUUGGCAUCAAGGGAAGGUCAAAUGUGUGGCUUUAAACAUAUGUCAAGUUUGCAUCAUUCAUAGACAAUGUUUUAUACAUUGCAAGACAUGACAGAUUUGGGGCAUGAGUUAAGAGUUAUAUAAGCUAAUUAAAACCAAAUCAUCUGAUUUUGACAUUUAUUAUUUGCAUGUGUAUGCAAAUAUGUAGGCAUUGGCAACUUGGUAUCCAAUCAAGUUCGAUUCGGACU